CACCCUUAUUUCUCGAAAACGUUAUCUUCCAUCUCAUGCUACCGUUCGUUCGUUAGUUGAAAGUUCUAGCAAAAAAUGGCAACUGGCGCUUCACUCGUUCGAGUUUCAUCAUUGAAGCUGCUCUCUUCAGUCUCUCAUGGCGAUGAUUUCUCAUCUUCAUCAAAGUCCUCAUCCUUCUUGGGCGCGCCACUUAAUUUUCUUCCUUCUUAUCGUUCCGGGAAACGAACGCCGUUUCAUGAGAAUCUUGUCAUUGUAUCCAAGAGAAUAUCGGGUCUGGAGGAAGCCAUGAGAAUUAGGAGAGAGCGUGAGCUUGGCAUUGUACAAAAAGUUAGAAAGAGACAACCAUUGAGGCGUGGGAAGGUAUCUCCACGUCUUCCUGUGCCCGAUCACAUACAAAAGCCUCCUUAUGUUGGUUCUUCUAUACUGCCAGAAAUUUCAAGUGAGUAUCAAAUGCAUGAUUCCGAGGGAAUUGCUAAAAUGAGGGCUGCUUGUCAGCUUGCCGCUCGUGUGUUAGAGUAUGCUGGAACUCUAGUUAGACCCUCGGUAACAACAAAUGAAAUUGACAAAGCAGUGCAUCAGAUGAUUAUUGAUGCUGGUGCUUAUCCUUCACCUCUUGGCUACGGGGGAUUUCCAAAGAGUGUUUGCACAUCAGUUAAUGAGUGCAUGUGUCAUGGAAUACCAGACUCUCGUCAAUUACAGAGUGGUGAUAUAAUAAACAUUGAUGUGACGGUCUAUCUAAAUGGAUAUCAUGGAGACACAUCGAAGACAUAUUUUUGUGGAGAUGUAAGUGACGGAAUGAGGCGUCUCGUGAAGGUUACUGAGGAAUGUCUCGAGAGAGGUAUCGCUGUAUGCAAGGAUGGUGCUAGUUUUAAGAAAAUUGGGAAGAGAAUCAGUGAACAUGCUGAAAAGUAUGGCUAUGGGGUGGUGGACCGUUUUGUUGGGCAUGGUGUGGGAUCUGUAUUUCAUUCUGAACCACUUAUAUAUCACCACCGCAAUGAGGAACCUGGACAAAUGGUUGAAGGUCUAACCUUUACAAUUGAACCAAUUCUUACGAUGGGAGGCAUUGAGUGCAUAACAUGGCCAGAUAAUUGGACGACUUUAACAGCUGAUGGUAGUCCAGCUGCUCAAUUUGAGCACACUAUUUUGAUAACUAGAACGGGAGCUGAAAUUUUGACCACCCCUUGAAAUUACAUGUAUUAGGUGUGAUAUAUCUAAUCUACCAUGCAUCCAUCAGUCCAUCGUACUCUGACUUGAGCAGCUGAAUUUUAGUAUAUAAUUCUGCGAGAAUUAUUCUUUAUACAUGGGAAGAUGGAUUUGAUCGGAACUUAUGUACCAGGUGAUGCAUGUAUACUAUUAUUAUGUACGGAAAAGAUUUAUAGUACUCGAAUAUUACAUGGUCCUUCCAUUCACUAUUUGACACGUCAUUAGAGGUAUAUUGCUUAGGUCCUUGUA